AUGAGGGUCAGCCCCUCCAAAUCUGAGGCCACUGUUCUCUCCCAGGAAAGAGCCACUUGUUCUCCUGCUCUCUCCAGGCAGGGGGAGCACAGCAGCCCCAGUGGAGUCUCGCUCUUGUUCAUGAGCGGCCAGCAGGAGAUAUAUGGUAUAAAGACGAGUGAAGUAGCUCAGAUUGGGAAACAAAGCUUCAUGCUCUUCCUGCAGCAACACCCUGCACUUACUGAGAGUUUGAAACAGCCCUAACAGAUGGAGAACCUAUCUAGUGUGGCCAUAUUUUAUCUCAGUGGAUUAAAUGAGACAAGAUCGUAUAAAUAUAUGAGUUUUGCCUUUACUCUUCUUUUUUACCUGAUGAUCUUAUUUUUGAAUCUGACUCUGAUUGCGGCAGUCCUUCUGGAGAAAUCCCUCCAUGAGCCCAUGUACAUCUUCGUCUGUAACUUGAGUGUCAAUAUACUGUACGGAACUACUGGAUUGUAUCCUAAACUCCUGGCUGACUUUCUCUCUGACUCUCAUGUCAUCUCAUACACUGGAUGUUUGAUUCAAGCCUUUGUGAUCUACUCUUAUCUUCCAUGUAAAUACACCAGUUUGACAGUGAUGGCCUACGACAGGUAUGUGGCGAUAUGCAAACCCUUAGAGUAUCAUUCUAUCAUGAAUAUUAUGAUUACUGGAAAAUUUAUUUUGAUUUCCUGGCUUUUUCCUUUGAGUGAGUUAAUGAUUGCCAUUUUGUUAACUGCUAGACUGCCUUUAUGUGGGUCUCACAUUGACAAACUCUACUGUGAAAACUGGGCCAUUGUAAAGCUCUCCUGUGUGGAUAUUACCAUAAAUAGUAUCUAUGGAUAUAUUCCACUAGUUAUUCAUAAUGCACAAGCCUUUUUUAUUGUGUGUUCUUACAUCCUGAUAAUCAGAGUGUGUUUAAACUCUAGAGAAGGAAGGACUAAGUUUAUGCAGACCUGUGUGCCACAUUUGAUCUCAUUAAUCACCUUCACCAUCUCCACUUUUUUUGAUGUAAUGUAUUCUCGAUAUGGCUCUAAUAACAUACCCCAGAUUUUGCGCAAUAUCUUGUCUGUAGAAUUUCUUGCUGUUUCUCCUUUUUUAACUCCACUCAUAUAUGGUUUAAAUCUCACUCAGAUUCGCAUAAGUGUUAAGAGACUGUUUAAGAAAAAGAUGCUUUCCUAG